UAAUUAUUUUUUUAUUUAUUAAUUUAAUUAAGAAACGUGUUUAAUUAAACUGAUUACUUAGUCGUAUCAGUUAACAGGACUGAUGGGAAGAAAACAUCUCUUUCGUAUCAGAAAAAUACAGUUUUUCAUAAAAUUAAAAAUUCCAUCUGCGAUAUCAAAAUUUUCUGGGUGUAUUCGACGGUGCUCUACAGAGCAGUGGGGUUCUGAUACAGUGCAACGACUGGGCUGUUUUAUCCUGGGGACGGCCGGCAAUUUCCGACUGCUUGCACACUCUUGGGCAGUGUCGCGAACGUCUUAAAGAGAGCGACAUAGUCCGCGACUCAACCAGAAUUUUUCAUUCGGUAAUAUCGUUCCUCUUUUAUUUUGCUAGCAGUUUACUCAACAAUAUAUCAUAAAAUUCAUAACAAACAACGCAUAAUUUCAUAAUAAAGACAUAAAAUUCAUGAAUUUACUAGCUAUAAGUCUUAAAAUCAUAAUGAAAUGCAUAAAGGUUUGAAAGUAAGAGAAGGGGUGAGAGGAGGAGAGUAUUGUGCAUAGAGUGGAAGAUGAGGGGAAAGUGAUGAGUGCUUAUGGUACCCUUUUUUAUUUAGUUUUAGGCUUUUCAAAUUUACAAAAUUAAACUCAAAAUAGCCCAAACAAAUAGCUCAGAAAAGUUUAGAAAAAAGCUCACUAAACUCUUCAGAAAAGGUCCAAUGAAACUUGUUAAACAAAGGUCGAGAAGACUACAUUAGCUGAGGAUUAUGAUUUAGUGUCUAAUGCAAGAUAACACCCAAACAAUCUUCUAUUGAUAAAGUUGAAGAUGAAGAAUGUUCUAAAUAAUGUAUAAUUAAUAUAGCUAUGUCAUUGGAUGCAAAGAUAAGAACACAAAUUGUCUCUUCACUUAAUUGUCAAAACAACAUUAUGCUUCUCUAAGCUGAUCAUAUCAGACUCAUCAACAGAGUAAUUCACAAAUUUAUAAAUCAAUCCGAAAAACAAAACUUCACCAGUAUUCAUCAAAAUCCCAAAUCAAUCAAACAAACCCUAAAGUUGUUUUCUUUGAUAAAUAAAAAUCACCCCCAAAUAAUGAUUCCUCAAUCCAACGCACAAUCAACUUCAAACACUUCAAUUGUGUAAUUGAUAGAUUAGGGUUAGUGAAGAAGAAAAAUAACCUGAAGGAGGUUGUUGAGAAUUAGAGUCGAUAGAUAGGAGGAACUGAAAUCCCCUCUCGUCUCGAUUUUGAAGUAAAAAUAUAAACCGACAUAUUUGUAUCUAGGUGGGCAUACAUUACACUGCCACGUGUAAGAGUGAGAGAGAGUGUAUAUAUAUGUGUAUAUAUAUAUAGUUAUGAUUGUGACAAAUCAGUAAGAUUUAUUUCCUUCGAACGCUUUGGCUCUCUCUCUGUGUUUGAUUUCAUUACUGAAAACCCUACCUACCAUUUCCAAUUCAGAGUUGUUGAAUUAAUAAAGGGGAAAGUUUGUGUGUUUUUGGGUAUGGCUUCAAAAAGGAUCAACAAGGAGUUGAAGGACCUCCAGAAGGAUCCUCCUGCCUCUUGCAGUGCUGGUCCUGUGGCUGAUGAUAUGUUUCAUUGGCAAGCAACUAUCAUGGGCCCAGCUGAAAGUCCUUUUACUGGGGGUGUUUUUCUUAUAUCUAUUCACUUCCCACCUGAUUAUCCAUUCAAACCACCAAAGGUUUCUUUCAAGACAAAAGUUUUCCAUCCUAACAUCAACAGCAAUGGCAGUAUAUGUCUCGACAUUCUGAAAGAGCAGUGGAGCCCAGCUCUUACCGUAUCAAAAGUCCUUCUGUCGAUAUGCUCGUUGCUGACGGAUCCAAACCCAGAUGAUCCUCUGGUACCGGAGAUUGCUCACAUGUACAAGUCGGACAGAGCUAAGUAUGAAUCUACUGCUCGAUCGUGGACUCAGAAAUAUGCAAUGGGGGGUUGAGAGAGAGGGUUUAAUUAUGGUUUAUUCUGCUAAGUGGUUUAUCCUAGACCUGAGUUGGUAGAAUUAAUAGUAGUAAAUAAAUAGAGAGGUUUGAGUAACUUUUGUUUUUGGUUUUGUUAUUAUGCUUUGUGUGUCAACACUCUCAUGAGUCUUGAUACACCAUAUCACCCCCCUUCUUCACAUUAUCAUUAUUAUUAUUAUUUUGAGAUGUUGAUAAUAGUAGUAUUACUAUUAAAUCUUUAUCAUAUUCCAUUAGUAAACUGUUUUUAUUAUUUA